GUCCUUGGUUGUAAUUUGUGAGUGUGGAACAGAGAGGCGACGCACGGCGCUGGACGGGCUGAGGGAGCACGGCACUAUUUCCCUUAAUCGGAUAAAACAGCUUGAUAUUCUCUGCUUUUCAUUGCGUCUGCAUCGUGUGAGCGAGCGAUGGAGGACGGUGAGGGAACCGUGUGACUCAGCCCGGCCAUCUGCACACAGACUCACACACACACACACACAUACACACACUCGGCAAUACUUAAUGAUAAUAUUUGCAAGAGUGCCUGGAUUCAUUGAACGAGUGCCCAUUCGACAUGGCCACGUACAAUCGAAGGUCAUCUGAUCAUGCUUUCCAGGUAAACCAGGAUGUAGUGUAUCGUAAUAUGUUGGAACCAGAAUGUUUCCCACUGUCAAAAAGCUCCUCUGAUACCCUGUUCCCAAGAAGGGAAAACAUGGAAGAAAGGAAAAUGACUAAUCCAUAUCUGAGGAAGACGAUCAGCAGUGUUGUCUCUUCAAGGAACACAGUUGAAACGGACACAAGAUAUUCUUGUCAUUCUUCUUGUUUCAUGCCACAGAAUAAUUUCACUAUUAUCCCCUUGUGUGGCUGCUUCCAAAUGAAUUCCAUCCCCAAUCCCAACCAUGUGACUGAAUCCCCAAUCUUUCAGGAUGGUGCAAAACUCCACGCCAAUGACCGUACUAACAGCAGCUCAGACAUAAGAAGGAAUACAGACACAAUGUUGUACAAAGACCCAAAUUUGGGGAAGUUGCAGACAAAGUUGAUGUGCAGGAGUUGCUCAGACAUCAUCUGUGGUUACAAAGAGAACUGCUGUCAAGACAAUGUAGUGCACAGCCAGAGUACCAUGGAACAUCAAGUUAUUGUGCCUGACAGUAACUGCAGUGUAAUCCCUCAAAGUGAAAUGACAACAAUGGACUCUGAUCAAAAGAUAGUGAUAAGUAUUUCAGAGAGUGAUACUGACAAUGACCAUCAUGAAACUAUGGGAGAAAGGCCAGCCACUUCUGAGCAUCAAGUCAAUAGCAUCAACAAUAAUGUGUGCAAUUCCAUGCAUCAGAGCCAUUUCAUGCUUACAGAGAAUUCUCAUAAUUAUCCAGGUGUCAUGGUUGUCCAAGAAUCUGGCAGGCAAUAUCAAGAUAACUGUAUGAAAGGAAAUGCGACAAUCACCAAGGACCAGGCUAAUGUGCAACAUAAGGAAGAUGCUUUAAUGAACAAUCACAACUGUACUGGACUUCAAAGCCACAUGAUACCUGGUCUGAGCAUAGAAGACACUUCGCCUGCUUUCUGCCACUCUCUGCCAAUUCCAGCCAUUCAUCUUAUGCCAAGGCUAAUCAGUUCUGUCAGUGAUUCUGGAAGAGGAAAUAUCAAUGCAUAUUGCCACCCGCUGCCAGUAUCAGGUAUUCUUGCAUUCCCACGGUUGGUGUCUUCAGUGAGUGAAUCUGGUUUGGACACAAAACAUCUUCUGAGAUGCCAUGGCACUGUAGGAAAUAAUGUGGUCCCCACCAUGACUGAUGAAAAUCCACAGAAUAUCUCAGAUGUAAUAAAAGUAGAACUGGAAAACCCUGCUCAUCCUUCUCAACAAAAUAGUCCAAAUAAUAACGUGAAUGUGAGAACACGAGAUAUGUGCACUAUGACCUCUAUCAGAGAUCUGACCCUAGGCAUUUAUUAUCAACUGAGGCAUAAAGAUGCAGAGGUACAGACUUCUUUUGCAGUUGACUGUAGGUCAGUAGGCACCAACCCAAUGUCUCCCAUGGACUGCUGCUUGGUUCACAUGUUCCCAGAAGUUAACUUAGAAGAGAAUCAGGAGAUUCAGGAGUCUCCAGUUCGAGAAGUAAAAUGGGAUGACAAAGGAAUGACAUGGGAAAUUUAUGGGGCAUCUGUAGACCCUGAGGUCCUUGGGCUGGCCAUACAAAAACAUCUGGAGAUUCAGAUCGAACAACAUGAAAAAGACAAGGUAUCUACAGCUGAGAAGACAUUGAAGCAUUUGGAUCCUCACUUUGAUGCAACACAUGUGCUAGAACAUCAAACAAAAGAGAAGAGACAUUUGCCAGGCUUUAGGAAGAUGUUCUCUACUCUGAGACAUCCCACAUGUUGUAUACGAUCCAAUACAGCAAUAGAUUGACAGCUGCAUCCACUGUCAAAGAGUGAGAUAUGUCAGUAUCAGGGGAGAGUAUACAUAAACUGCACUCACAAAAUGUAAAUGCAGCUUUUACUUUUCCCCAGACACUUACAUUCAAAAGUAAUUAUUAGUAAAAGUAUUUUUUUUAAGAAAUUGUUUUUUUUUCCAACAUAGUUAUGAGAGUGGCUGAUUGAGGUAUUCUGGAGCAGGUGAAGUUUUCAGAAAAAUAUAGAUCCUGAGACAGUUAUGGGAAAGUAGAAGUCUGAAUGCAUUUGUGAUCCAGUGCUGUAUGCUCAUGUAGAUGAGGAUGUAAAUGAUGCUGCUGUAAGAAUAUUGGGAUAGGGACAAAAAGGUAUUUUUAGCAAAAUGUUCUUAACUGUCCUACGUUUCCAGAUUUUCUUGGUGCUCUGAAAGAAUAGUAAUCUUUGACAAGACAAUGAUCCUUGUAAACAUAUGGUAAUGGGACACAAGUAGUUAUCUUAAUGUGUAACAAUGAUGACAGAAGCAGAAAUUUUAAUGAAUAAUAAUACAUUUCAGAAGAAACAUGUUGGAGUUGAGGGAAACCAAUGUAAAUGACAAUCCCACAGGAUCAUGGAAAUGUCAUAUGAAACUGCAACAAAGGGUGAAUUGCUCCAUUUCUGGAACUUUGAUAAAGAUUCUCAUGUAUUCUCAAACCCACAGUCAUAAUUUUUUGUUUAAGCAUUUAUCUGAUCUUCAAAUGAUGACUACAAAUGAGUCCUUUAUCAUCAGCCUUUCAGAUUGAACAUUAGCUACAUGAAAGAGUAUUUCUUCAGGUCACAGCAGUUUCUUAAAUUUGGACUUCCCGUUGUUGACCUGUCUGCCACUUCUUACUUACUCCAUCAAAACAGUGACUUGGAAUGCCGCUAUCGAAUCUGUCCUAAACACUUUCUCUAGGCACUCCACGUUACUGAAGUCUCUACUUUCUGCUAUCCAUUUUAAUAAAUCUGGUCUACACCCAUAUUAAGGCCUUGGCAUGAGUUCUAAAGAGUGGUAGUCAGAAUUAAAUAUUAAACUCCCAGAAGGGGCUAGGUCUAUUUUACAAUAACUUUCUAGUUUGCAGGCUAUUAAUACUUUUGAUAUGCAAACCAAUUUUGUCCCGGAUUAAAGACAGGAUUGAAAUACAGUGUAGAACAGGCUUUUCCAGCCCAACGAGCCGCACCACUUAGCAAUCUAUUUAUCCCUAACAUAAUCACAGGACAAUUUACAAUGGCUAAUUAACCUCCUAACUGGUACAUCUUUGGAACGUAGGAGCAAACUGGUGCAGCCAGAGGAAACCUAUGUGUUCUCGGGGAGUACGUACAAUUUAGAAUCAACCAACAAACAAAUAAAUUGAUCAGAUGGGAGGAUAAAGAGUUAAAUUUCAGAAACUAUCUUUAAUACGCAAUUCUUUCCAGCUUCAGCAAAGCGAAGGCUGGGGUCAAUCACAGAAGUCUAGAAUUGGAUUGUUUACUAAAGAUAGCUUUUGACUAAUCUAUCCUUUGUACUAAAAUAACAUAACUGUCUAAAACAAGAUUAGAAGACAACAAGCAUAAUUUGAUUAUGUAAAGGCACAAAUAAUUUAACAUUUCAGUAAUUAGUUUUUCUGAAAAAGAAGUCAGUUAAAAAAGGUGGAAAAUAAUUCAACAGAAAACUGGAUUUUGACUAUAGAGGACAAUGGGACCUUUAUGAUGCUUACAAAAUAGGUUGAAAAUUAAAUAUGAAAACGAUGAACAAACAUAGCUGGUGAAAAGGGGAGUUUGUGCCUGAUUUAGGAAACAAACAGAUAAAAAGGCAUGGGAACAGAUAUGGAAGAUUAAAAGUAGAUCUGUACUUUAUUAUAGAAACUUUAUGAUAUGAAGGUUAUAGUUGAUGGCAACAUUUGCAUAGGCAAAUACCUCAAGAUAGUAAAUUCAGCAAGGUUGUGCUAGGACUGUGAAACUACUUACAUUCUCAACCACCAGUGACUUGCAGGUAAUUCCCAUUUUUCAAAGCCCUCCUAAAGAAGUGUGAAACACAGUAUUACUGAGAUAACCUUCACAUAAAAGCUGGGAUGCCCAAUUACAAAAUCCAGUCAACAAACAGUCUAAUAGACGGUGAAAAACAUCACCAUUGAUCCAUAAGGACUAACUUAAAUGAUUCAGUUCAUCCUCCUUAAUCUUUCUUUCUUAAAAUUCUCUUGAUAGUAAUGUUACUUUCUAAAGGCUUCUAUUGAGUUGCGGUAUAACAUGGUAUAAACAGACUUUAAAAAAUAAAUUUUAAGUCAACAAUAGAAGCGGAAUGGCAAUAAUACAGCUGGAGGAUGAAUUUCAACUUGGAACAAAAUGACAAACUUUGUGUAAAAAGGAUGAAUCUCUAGGAGCAGAUCCUUGUAAUCUUAAAUGUGAAUCUGUUUAUAGGACUCUGAUUACCAACAUAAGAACAUUAGAAAUAGGAGCAGGAGUUGGCCAUCUGGCCCAUUGAGCCUGUUCCACCAUUCAAUAAGAUCGUGGCUGAUCUACCUACCUGCCUUUUCCCCGUAACCCUUAAUUCCCCUACUAUGCAAAAUCUAUCCAAACUUGUCUUAACUAUAUUUACUGAGGUAGCCUCCACUGCUUCAUUGGGCAGAGAAUUCCACAGAUAAUUUCACAUCUAAACGCAGUGCCAUGAAGACUUCUUAGCUUAGGAGGCUGGUUUUCUGUCAGAUAUCAAAGACACAGGGAACUUGAUUUGGCCAUGUGCUACUUAAUUGCAAUUUUCCCUUGAAAGUGAACAAUUAAACAACUUUUCCAGUCUGUACUCUUAUUUCUAUUGAUAUUGUGCAUCAGAAAAUAUUUGUUGUUUAUUAUCAAUUAAUUAAUGAUUGUAUUUUUGUAUACAUUUUUAUUUCAUUUUGCAUAUGGAGAGUUACAACUUACAGCUCAAUGGCAAGCCACUUAUUUUCUCUUUGACCAGUUCACACUCCUGCACCUUGUGAUAUUAGCCCUGUCAGCUAAGGUAAUGUUACAUAGCAUUCAGCAUUAGUCAUUCUUUUGUUCCUCUCAAAGAGUCUUGGUGUUUGUAGAAUGAAGGUUCUUUUAUAUAGUUACUUUGACAACCUCACAAUAUCUCAAAGCCCUUACAGUCACUGAGGUACUUUAUGAAGAACAUUGGUUGUUAUAGAUUGGAAAAUGUAAUAAUCAACCUGGUGCAAAGAUAAAUCCCAAAUCGACAAAAGGUUUCAGUGAUAGCAUUGAGGCCAGGACACCAGGGGGAGCUCUAAUGUCUUUCUGAUAUUUUUUAUAUUCUUUUGUCAGGUCAACUAGGUCUUAAGUUUUAAUGAUUUUUUUUCACCCCUGUAGGUACAGUACUCAGUAUCAUACAGAGUUAUCAAUCUGAUUUAAGGUGCUCAUGUUCCCAGAGUGGAUUUUAAGUUCACAACUUUCUGAAUUAGAACAGAAUGUGACCAUUGGAGCCAAAUCAAUCCAAUGUGAUCACUGACAAUAGCUCAUGCCAAAAACCUAACUGAGCAAGUCUGAGAGACCCAACAAAGCCAGAUACAGAACUUCAGUCUUCUUUCUUUCAAGUAGAAAGUGUCUUGAGUAGGAUGAGCACAAGCUCAGACCCAUAUACCUCUCUUUGCAAAAGAAGGAUUGCAGCCACCUUUGUAACAAGAGGUGCAGGUACUGCUACAGAUGCAUGUUACAAUGAUACUUUCAAGAGCAUCUCUUCCUUCAGCCUCAGAAGAACAACUUUAUGCCCUAGGUUUCUUUCCAUAAAGCAUCUCAACUGCCCUUGGUGCUCCUUUCAGCAAAUGCCUACAUAUACUAGAGAUUGAAGCAAAGAUACUCAAUUCAGUUCAUUUACCUGGGGUGGUUUACAUUUGUUAGCUUGUAGUAUGGAAGCUGAUCUAUCAGCAGAAAAGAAUAAACAAAUGUGAUUUAAUUCUUUUCACCUUUGAUGCAUAUAUGUUAGGUUCUGAUGUUUCCAGGAGCUACCUUCAAUGACGGUGACAAGUCUAAGUAAUUUCCACUCCCAGUACACAGUUGGGAAUCAGCCUUACAGUAGUACCUAAUACCUUAAGACAGUGGACACAUACUAUUUCCACUAGUGUAUAAGUGAUCAUCACAGGGCUAAAACAGCAGGCAGCAUGAAUGCACACAGAUAAAGAGGUACCCUCUCACUAUAUAUUCAGCCUCCACUUGAGUGGGUUUCUGGAGAGUCCCUGCAUAACCACCCGAUUGUAACUCAAGAAAUUCCAGUGUUCAGAGUAGACCAAAAUGUGACAGAAUAAUCAAUCUUUUCCUCUCUAAUUAUGCAGCCUAUAUGAUGGUUGUGAUUCUGGCAAUAAAUGUGAUUUGCUUAAAAUGUAACCAAGAACCUUUGAACAGCACUGGCCAAAAUUGUAAAACUGAAGGACUUCUUUGUGAGUACAGUAAAACUCCAUUAAUCUGGCACCCUUGGAACCUUGGUGAUGCCUGUAGUAGAUUUUAUGGUCUACUGGAUGUUAUUCUAUCAACACUGUAAUAUGUUACACAAUUGUGCAUUCUAAGCUACAACAGAAAAUGAGGGCCCUGUGAGUUUAAAGGCUGUGUGUGGAAAUGGGCCCAAUGAGUUUCAUAGGAGAGUUGCCAUCAAAGCCCCAGUGCCAUCAAAGAGAGCACAGGAAGCAGGGUGUUAAAGGGAGAGUGGGAUGCUGCCUCACUGGGAUUUGUGAACAAAGGGAUAGCAGAUUACUGGAGUUUUACUACAUGUUAGUUUUAUCAGAUGCUUAGUAAUGACAAAGUCUUAGUUAGUCAUUGAUGAUAAUGGUUUAUGUGUUGUCUGUUUUAAAGGAAGUUGCUAUCAAUAAAAACAUUAAAAGUGUGGAGUAAUGUAUUGGUAUUAUGGUCUGGCAUUGAGUCAGUUAUUUUCCACAGAUGAACAGUAGGAACAUACUGUGAUAAUGAUAUCAAGAAUGAACAUAAUAGAAAAGGACUGGAGACACAAGACACUGGGUUCUGAAGCAAAAAACAAUCUGCUGGAGCGACAUUUCAGGAAGCAAUCCUGAGUUUGUCCCAAUUCAGGGUUCUGACCUGAAAAACUGACAAUUCCUUUCCCCACACAGAUGCUUCUUGACCCACUGAGUUCUAUCAGAAGAUUGUUUAUCACUGUAAGAAAGGGCUGGGUGGUUCAUUAAAGCUCACACAGAAACUUUGAUUAACACCUAUACCUAACA